AUGCCUCAAAAUCCCAAUUCGGAAGCCGAGAAACGGUCCCAGAAUGCCGAGACCGAUUCUAUCGGCGAGUCUAUCUCCUCGGUAGAAACACAUGAUGACCACGAUGCCCUGGGAAAGACAUUGACGGCUCGCGCUUCGCGAACUUCACAUAUGUCCCUGUCGGAGCGAGUGACCACCAUCGCGACCAAUGCCACUGCCGACCCUAACUAUGAGGUGGACUGGGAGGGCGAAGAUGACCCCGAGAACCCCAAGAACUGGAAGAUGGGCUACAAGGCCAUGGGCAUAUUCUUUCUCGCAUGGAACACUCUCACCGUCGUAUUAUAUUCAACUUCUUAUACUUCGGGCAUCACUCUGAUUGGCGAGGAAUUCGGCUCAUCUGAAACCAUUGUGACUCUCGGAUUGACAUUCUAUCUCAUCGGCCUGGCCAUGGGAUCGAUGUUUAUGGCUCCGCUCAGUGAAGUGUAUGGACGUAAACCCGUCUGCGUGAUCUGUCUAUUUGUCUUCACUGUCUUGAUCAUUCCCUGUGCUCUCGCCAAAUCCGUAACAACCUUGAUUGUCGUUCGUUUCAUUGGUGCUUUCUUCGGCAGUGUCAUGAUCUCCACUGCGCCUGGUAUGGUCGCUGACCUGGUAGAUGAUGAGCACCGCGCGCUGGCCAUCUCCAUCUGGAGUCUUGGCCCAUUGAAUGGACCAGUCCUCGGCCCUGUAAUCGGAGGAUUCGUCACCCAAUAUCUUGGCUGGAGAUGGAUGAACUGGAUUGCGCUCAUCCUAUCCGCCGUCGCAUUAUUAUUUGCUAUCCUCCUCAAAGAAACAUACGCACCAACCCUUCUCCAAAAGAAAGCAGCCCGACUCCGCAAAGAGAGCGGUGAAAACCGCUGGUGGUCCCGCUACGAUCAAAAGGCAACCUUAUACGAGAUCCUCAAGCUGAACCUCAGCCGUCCAUUCGUAAUGGCUGUCACCGAACCAAUCUGCAUCUUCUGGAACAUCUACAUCGCAAUCAUCUACGGAAUCCUCUACCUCUGCUUCGUAGCCUACCCAAUCGUCUUCCAAGAAAUCCGCGGCUGGGACCUAGGCCUAUCAGGCCUCGCCUUUGUAGGAAUCGGAAUCGGCGUCGUCCUCACAAUCGCCUGCGAGCCCCUAAUCCGCCGCCUCAUCAACAGCCACGCCAUCGACCCGGAAACCGGCAAACCCGCCCCAGAAGCCAUGGUCUCCUUCAUCUGCAUGUGCGCCGUGCUCAUCCCCAUCGGCGAGCUCUGGUUCGCCUGGACCUGUUCGCCCGCCUCGAUUCCCUGGAUCGCACCCUUGCUCGCGGGCAUCCCCUUUGGCGCGGGCAACACCGGCGUCUUCAUCUACGCUUCUAAUUACCUGACUGGCAGUUACGGCAUGUAUGCCGCGUCUGCGUUGGCGGGCAACUCUGUUAUUCGGAGUAUCCUGGGCGGUGUGCUCCCGCUGGCGGGCACGUCUAUGUAUGCCAGUCUGGGGCCGAAUUGGGCCGGCACGUUGCUGGGUCUGUUGGAGGUCGUGAUUGUGCCGAUUCCGUUUGUGUUUUACAAGUAUGGGCAUAAGAUCCGGGAGCGGAGUACGCUGAUCUCGCGCAUGCAGGAGGACAAGAAGAAGUUGGAGGGGAAGAGGGCUAAGAGGUUGGCGCAGUUGGCUCUGCGGAAUGAUGAGGAGAAGCAGGCUGGCGUUGUUUAG